UUCUUCUUUUGUGUUCUGGUUUUUGGCUUCGUGGGUUUUUUUUGUGAAUUCAGCUUUCUGGGGAACCCAUUUGGGAAACAAUUCAGAAUUUGCGUUUGGUUUCCAAGAUUUGGGGAUUCGCUGCUGCUGCUGCUGGGAAAGGAACUUUUGUGCCAUGCAACAAAUCCUUUCGAACCCAUUUGGGAUUCGCAAAAGUUGAGCUUCAAAUUUCGUGCUCUUAGCCUCUCUAAUUAAUUUUGAUGGCCCUUUCAUGGUUUUAAGCCUCUGGGCAUUCCCAGUUUGACAUCUUUAAACCCUCUCUCUAACCUCUGAAAUUACCGAUCUAUCUGUCCUUCAGAAGGGAUACAAUGUAUGGAAUUCAGAGCAAGAGAGACUUGGCUCUAGAAUUUCAGGCCCAAAUGCCCAUUUUGAGGCCAAGCAUUCAUGCUAGGAGGGCAAACAUUACUGUAAAGUUUCAAGAUUUGUAUGGGUUUACUGUAGAAGGCAAUGUGGAUGAUGUUAAUGUAUUGAAUGAGGUCAGAGAGAAGGUUAGGCAACAGGGCAGGGUUUGUUGGGCUUUGGAGGCCAGCAAAGGUGCAAAUUGGUAUUUGCAAGCUCAUUUCUCAGCUACACUUAAAUCUUCUCUGAAAAUUUCAAUUUUGUCCAAUGCAAUUACCCUGAAGAGGCUCAUUAGGAAGGGAAUUCCCCCAGUUUUACGGCCCAAGGUCUGGUUUUCGCUGUCUGGUGCGGCGAAGAAGAAAUCCACUGUGCCCGAUAGCUAUUACAAUGAUUUGACUAAGGCAGUUGAGGAAAAGGUCACACCGGCUACACGGCAGAUCGAUCAUUGGUCUUGGUAUUAUCAUUGUACCAUUUGAUGCUAGAGAAGCUAGCUUCUUUGCAAAAGGUGCCUU